AUCAUGGAAAGGAUAUUGGAUUAGUGGGAAAAGUAGAGAUCUGGUAGUCACCAAUUCACGAAAUAACCGGAUUCGCAAAAUAAUUCGAUAAUCGCAUUAUACGUCGAACAAGUGUUCAUCGCUCGCCCACUCAAGAGCGCGCGACGCGAUCAAUAGAUCAUUCACUACUGAAAGAUCGCGGAUAGACAUUUCAUUUUACCCCACCCCCAUCUCCGUUGACUAGUGUUGGAUCUUGGAUUAGUUUUGGUAUCCCCUUCCCUCCUGUAUGUUAUGCAUGGGGUGUAUGGAUGGCUCUUUAUUAUCUUGAUAAAGCAUAGCAAACAAAAAUUUAAGAGUGAUUGAUUUUUACCUGUCGAGUACCAAAGGUAUGUCUUCUAUUACUGGGAGGUAAAUCUCAGUUAUGGUGACAAUAAUAAUAAUAACAAUAGUAAUAUUGUUUUACUUUCAGAUAUCGCUCAUACGAUGGACGCUGUAACAACUUGCAACACGCUUCAUGGGGUCAGAAUGGCAAUGCAUUCAAGUCCGAAAUUGCAACAUGCUACGAUGACUAUGUUUCAAAGCGACGUUUGAGUUCGUCGGGACGUGAUCUACCAAAUAAUAGAGCGGUCAUAAGCGAUCUAAAACGUGUGUUUGAGUAUUUUGGCGGAGAAUCAGGAAGUUGGUUCAGCUUGUUGGGUUUGGUGUUCUGUGAAUCCAUCAAUACAGAUAUGAUCGGUCGAGCAAUGAAACGUGUUCGAAAUGCUACGACUGGCUUCCGUGGAUGUCGUGCAGAUGGAUGCGGCGUGUCUUACUAUAGGGCUCCUUUAGCCUGCCCGAUGAGUGUGUCACCAGAUGACCCCAACUAUGGUCCACUGAAUGUUGAAUGUUUGAACUUUAACCCGAUAGAACAAGCCAAUGAUCAAUGCAGUAUUAGAUAUCCUUCCAAGAGGAAUAUUGAAAGUAGUUACCUUGACCUGUCACAUGUAUAUGAACACGGUAAUUACGACAGUGAAGGAAAAAUUAUCUCAUCAUUUUGCCAUGCUUCUUCUACAUUUGAAAGUAAUAAAGUACUCUCAAUACAGUUUUUGGCAGUAACAGGAUUAUUCACACAGCUUCAUAACUAUUGUGUUGAUAAAGUCAAACUGUGUGGUAAUCUCCAAAACCGAGAAGAAAUCAUUGAAAAAUGUCGAUCGUUAACCAUCGGUGUGUAUCAACGUAUAAUUUACGAAGAAGUUCUACCAACGUUAUUAGGAGAUUCUUAUAGCCAAUGCAAUUUUGAUUGCGAAUACGAUGAAAAUCUCGAAUCUACUAUAUCUUUGUCAUACGUUGGCGGUCCAGGACGCUUCCAGCAUAUUUGGAUACCGGAUAAUGUUACAAUAGUACAAGGUGAAGAUCGUGUGCAGAAGCCAUUCUUCGAAUUUUUCCGCAAUUACGAAUCACAUGACUGUUCGGGAGUUUUGAAAGGAUUACUCGAAGAUCCGAUUCACACAGGGACUCUAUCUGAAACGUUAAUCAACACUUUCUUCUCGAAAGACGGAGCAUUGGGCCAUUGUUUGCUGUGCCUUGAUUUGGAAAGAGGGCGAGAUUCGGGAUUGUGUCCUAUGAUUUUGUACAAACAUUACUUCGAUAAGAUAGCUGGACGCGAAACAAAAUGCUAUAAUUCGUUUGAUGACUUGGCGGAUACUUUCGAUCUCGAGGUGAUAGAGGUUUUCAAGAAGCACUACGAAAGCCCAUAUGAUAUCGAUUUGCUAUUCCUACUAUUUGAAUAUACUCAAGACGACCCGACAAACUUGUUGCCACAAACAAUAGGGACAGCUACGUGUUUGCAGUUCAAACUUUUGAAAUGCAGUGACCGUUUCUUCUACAGCUGGAAUGAAUUCUUAACUCCGGCUUUGCAAGAACUUAUCAACUCGAUUAAUAUGUCCACCCUCUUGGCAAUGUUCGGUGACAUGGAAGAGGUUCCCGUAGAUCCGUGGAAUAUUUAUUCUGAAAGAGUGCCAGCCAAAAAGCUGCAAAAUAAACUUAAUCAUAAGUCGGAUCUUUUCUGUAGCGUUUAACUCGUAAAGAAGUGCAGCAAUUAACAAAACAACAGUUUCAAAGAUUGUUAAAAUUAAGACAACAAUUUGGUUUGGUGUGUAAUAUUUAGGCUGACAACAAAUAAUAAUUAUGUUCAUUUUAACGCAUCACAUUUAGUUGCAUGUUAUUAGAAAGAAAUAUAAGAAUUGUUACUCAACCCG